GCUGUCUAAUUACCCCACUGUACCUUUCAUGUGGGUGUUAGGUUGAGGAGUCUGUAGAUGAACAGUGAUGAUGGGAGCGAGGAAGUAGAUUGUUGCUGAUUGUUUCCUCUAUUUUAACUCCUCACCCAUGUGUGGAUGUGAUUUUUGGGAUUAUACGUUAAAUUUUGUUUUUAUUUUAUUUGAACUGGUCAGAAAAGUCUGGAAGAUGAAUUGUUUAAAUAUAAACACAAAGCUGCAGCACAUGAGAGAGCGGGAGGAGCUGAAGUAGGCUGUGAGAAAAGAGAGGGAGAAAAUGGUAUGUAUGGGUAGAGAGAGCGAGAGAGAGAGAGAGGGAGAGGGAGAGAGAGAGAGAGAGAGAGAGAGAGACCGUGCGUUAACAGAGCCAGAUGUGAGUUUCGGGUCUCCAGGAGGUUCCAGCCAGUCUCUGAGACAGUUUACCCAGACCGAGGACCGCUUAUCCCAGGUUUCUAAUCUGUGUGGAGCGGGGUCAGGCUGGGAGCCUCUAACUCUCAUCUCUGCUUCAUGUCCCCUUCUCCUCCUCCUCCUCCUCCUCCUCCUCCUCAGGCAGCGGAGGACCUACAUCGGCUGCUCCCGAGCAGCGCGGCCGGCCGGGAGUCUCAGGCUGUCGGGGUGCGUUUUGGGGGAGACGGAGGGAAUAUGCGGAGCAGACCGUUGGUGACCUGAACUUGCUCCCCCCCCCCCCCCCCUUCCCUGGCUGUUGCUUUGGGCAACAUUCAGCAUAAUGCUCUACUUUCCCAGUACAGGAAAAAAAACAAGUGAGACCAGUCCGAAGCCGCAGCCGGAGCGGGAGAGAGGAGCGGGCGCAGCGGGCUGGAUGCGGACUUUGUAUUCGGUGUGAGCGCAGCGCUGUGCGGAGAGGCGGGCACGGGCAGACCGUCUGGAUGAGCAGCAGUGAGAGGUUUCUGGAUCCAAAUGUCAAGUGCGAGAGAAGCUUUAUCGCCGUGGAGCCAGCAGUGUGUGACGUGAAAGGACGGCAGGAGGCGAGGAAGAGUGAGCGCCGGUGAUGACCCUCCUGUGUGUUGAACGUGGCUCUGAGUGCCGUGAACAGAGCUCUGCCACGCUGGUAACAGGGGACACAGUGUGACAAUAUGGUGAACUUUACUUGUGUGUCCCGACUCAGUGAUGAACAGUGGAUGGUGGAGGAAUCUUAUUGUUUAAUGAGGCCGCUGCUCUUGUGUUGGGAAGUUUAGGACUACUAAUUACCGAGGGAUUACUCAAGACCUUCUUCAGCGCCGGUCUGGACGCGGUGGUGUUACUACGCCAACGGCCAAAAUGUGAUGACUGCUCUGUUGGAAUUUUCAAACCACAGUUUCUUAUAAUUUGGUUUCUGGAUUUUUCCAAUCCCCUUUUGAAAUGGAGAUACAGUGGCGUUUGUGGAAUAAGGACUGGGCCACCUUCAUAAGGCCGUGGAUACCUAUACUGUUGGGCCUUCACCUCCAGUUCUCCCGGGCCUCCAACUGUCCCGAGGAGUGCCGCUGCGAUCGCACCUUUAUUUACUGCAACGAGCGGAGCCUGACCUCAGUGCCUCUGGGAAUCGGUGAGGGUUAUAAGACCCUCUACCUCCACAACAACCAAAUCAAUAAUGCUGGUUUUCCCCUGGAGCUCCACCAUGUGGCGUCUGUGGAAACUGUGUAUCUCUAUGGCAACCAGCUGGAUGAGUUCCCCAUUAACCUGCCCAAAAAUGUGAGGGUUGUCCACCUGCAGGAGAACAACAUUCAGACUAUCUCCAGAGUGGCUCUGGCUCAGCUUCUGUGGCUGGAGGAGCUGCAUCUGGACGAUAACUCCAUAUCUACAGUCGGGGUGGAGGAAGGCGCCUUCCGAGAGGCCGUGAGCCUGAAGAUGCUCUUCCUCACCAAAAACCACCUCAGCAGCGUGCCUAUCGGUCUUCCAGAUGAUCUGAAAGAACUGCGGCUGGAUGAGAACCGGAUCGCGGUUAUCGCAGAGGAGGCGUUUAGGAAUGUGACCCGGCUGGAGCGCCUCCUGCUGGACGGAAACCUGCUGACAGAUGAAGGGAUUGCACCGGGGACCUUCCAGGACCUGGUCACUCUGAGGGAGCUGUCCAUGGCCCGCAACUCGCUCACGUAUCCUCCCCCAUUUCUCCCAGGGGAGGUGCUCGUCAAGUUAAACUUUCAGGAGAACCAGAUAAACCGGAUCCCCGUCAGAGCGUUCGCAGGGCUGCACAAGCUGGAGAGGCUGGAUAUCUCCAACAACCAGCUGCAGUCGUUAACACGGGGGGUGUUUGACGGCCUCGUCAGUCUCAGACAGCUGACUGUCCGGAACAACCUUUGGCUGUGCGACUGUAGCAUCAAGUGGGUGGUGUCGUGGCUUAAAUCUCUGCCGGCCUCGCUCAACGUGCGCGGCUUCAUGUGCCAUAAACCUGAGAAGUUCCGGGGCAUGGUGAUCAGGGAGCUCAGCGCGGAGCUGGUCCAGUGCCCGCAGAGCACAGCAGAACCUCCCCUGUCCACCUCCGCUCUGAUCCCAUCCCUGUCAUCUUCCACACACUCCUCUUUAGUAACUCACUUUGUUUCCCCCUCCUCCUCCUCUUCCAGGCAACCCCUCCCCACAUUACCCACCCUCUACCCUAUCUAUACAACCAGAGAGGGGGGUUUGAGGACUAAGCAACCUCUGGAUCCCCGGAGGGAGACUGUGCAGGUCACAUUUGCAAUACUGAACGGCUCGGCCAUCCACGUCAGCUGGGUGGCCGCCUUUCCAGUCACUGCCUACAAGGUGACCUGGGCCAGGAUGGGCCCCAGUCUGACAGGGGACACCGUCAGGGAGAGGAUAGUGGGUGGAGAUCACCGGGGGAUCCGACUGGCUAAUCUUGAGCCAAAGUCCACCUAUCGGAUCUGCGUCAUUCCCUUGGACGCAUUCAAUAAUUACCGGCCCAAAGAUGACACCGUGUGCACCGAAGCCAUGACCACGCCGGCCCUGUUCAGCCCCGACAACAACAACAAAAGACCGUCGGGGCCCGAGCAGGCCACGCAGCAGGAGCCCAGCUCGCCUUUCUUGCUGGCCGGGCUGAUUGGCGGGGCCGUGAUCGUGGUGCUGGUGGCGCUCCUCAGCAUCUUCUGCUGGCACGUGCACAAGAAGAGCCGCUCCAAGUCUUCCACCAAGUGGAAAUACAACCGGGGUCGGAGAAAAGACGACUACUGCGAGGCGGGCACCAAGAAAGAUAACUCCAUCUUGGAAAUGACUGAGACCAGCUUCCAGAUAGUUUCGCUCAACAAUGAGCAGAUCCUCAAGGGAGAUUUCCGCAUUCAGCCUAUUUACACCCCUAAUGGGGGCAUCGGCUUCCGAGACUGCCCCCUGGGGAGCAACAGCACAGUCUACUGCAAGAACAGUGUUCAGGACGCAGACUUGUGUCGCACAUGAUGGUUUUUGGAGAGCAUCAGGAGCAUUUUUACCGACAACUACCCACACUUUACUGGACACUGUACAGUGUUAAUAUUAUUUGAAACCCCUGUGUCUUCAAGAAAUGUAAUUUAUACAACUGGCUGGAUGAAAUCUUUUAUAUAACAACAUUGGAUUUAUAAGUUAUUGGUUUUCUGGCGUUGUUGCUGUUUGAGUUCUGUGAACACACACACACACACACACACACAUGUACAAUCAAGAUUCAUGUAUAUCUAAGUAUCAAAGCUGCAUUUCAUUUUGAUCUUCAAUAAUAAGUGAAUGAUUUCUGAUGUGACCAUGACAGAUACAGAAUCCAUCCACACCGUAGCUGCAAUGCAUCAUGGGAGUAUUGAAAUUUUGUAUGAGAGAAGGAGAAAAGAGACACAAAGAGGCACAAAUCAGCCACUAGAGGGCGUAUUUUUCUGGGAACCACACACUCAAUCACACUGUGUUUGCACCACAGUAAUAAACCGCAGCUUCACUAAACACAGACACAGAUUAUUUGAUUCCUGCUCUAGAAAGACGACAUAUUUUUUGUGCACACUGAAUUUUCUUUCUGCUUCAAAAGGAAAUUUUAAAGGUCACACUCAUUAAACAUUCACAGGUGACAGGCCGCAGCGCUUUCACCUGCUUCUCAACAGUCAUUCAUUAUCACAGUUAAAGCGGGUGGAGGGUCAUGUUGUUAGUGCUAGCUGUGUUUUAUGGUGGGUGUCAGAGUGAGCAGCAAGAAAACACACAUCUGUUUUGUUUAAACCAUGAAGAACUCUCACUUUUCUUCAGCAAAAAUAAUGUUAUAUAUACAUAUAUAUAUAAAUAUAUGUGUGCCUUGAAGUUAUCAGCUUACAAUGUCUUUUGAAUCCAUGUUUUUUGCACAGAAGGUGUACUGUAUAUACAUUCAAUUGAAUUGUUGUUGAGGAAACCUCUUGCUCUUGAUUAUUUAUUUUCCUCGUUAAACAUUUAAUUAAAAACAUAUCUACAAAAGUGAACUUAUUCCUCACAGUGAUCACUGACUGACUGUUAAUGAACCCUCCUGUAGGAGAGCUCAGUGCCACCGCAGCAGGAUCUGUCUGGAGGAUGAAGGUCCACUGAGGAUGACUCAGAAGUCACAGAGAGGGUGAUGAUCUGUCAUUGUUCAGAAAUGUUAUGUUGUGCUCUCUAAUGGGGCUUUCAGACAGAACGCAACAACCUGUUAGAAAUCGGAACAAUUUCGUAUAUGGACAUGUAUUUCUAGCCCGUACAAAUUUUUCAAAUUAAUGAGAAAUUAAUGAUAACAACAUAUAUAAGCACAUAUAAA